UUGUCAUAAAGACGUGUUAUACAAAUAGGGCACGCUCCAGUACGUAUACAGGAGGUCGCACAGGUAUGGUGAAAACGACCAGGUAGACAACAUUAAAACGCAGAUUGGAAACCGAUUCAUAGUUGACCAAUAUGGUGAGUGCGGCGGCGGAAGCCUUUCGUCGUUCAUACAAUCCGGAAACGGUGAGAUUGACCGGGCCGGAUGUUGGAGUAGUGGUGGCAUACUUCGUCGCCAUUUUGGCUGUAGGGGCGUUUGCGAUGUGGAGGGCCAAUAGAGGAACUGUCAGCGGAUACUUCUUGGCGGGAAGAUCUAUGACCUUUAUCCCGCUUGGAGCCUCGUUGUUCGUCAGUAAUAUAGGAACAGAACAUUUCAUUGGUCUCGCGGGAUCAGGAGCCGCUAAUGGUAUCAGUGUCGGGGCUUGGGAGUUCAAUGCAAUUCUGCUGCUUCAGCUCCUGGGCUGGAUAUUUAUCCCCGUAUAUAUAGCGUGUGGGACCUACACCAUGCCGGAAUACUUGUCGAAGAGGUUCGGAGGGACGAGACUUCGGGUAUACUUCGCUGUCCUGUCUCUUAUCCUCUAUAUCUUCACUAAGUGCUCAGGAGAUUUGUUUACCGGCGCCCUGUUUAUCCAGCAGUCGUUAAGGUGGGACCUCUAUCUCAGCAUAUUCGUUCUCGUCCUCAUCACCGGAAUCCUCACCAUGACAGGUGGACUAACGGCCGUGAUAUACACAGACACCCUCCAAGCUUUACUGAUGGUUGGCGGGGGUCUCACUCUCAUGGGGAUUGCGUUCUCAAAGGUUGGUGGAUACGACGGUAUGGUUCGUGAUUACAAGACAUCAAUGACAAACGAGACAUUCCGAAUUCCUAAUGCUACGUGUCAUGAACCGGACGUCAAUGCCUUCCGAAUGUUGCGCGAGGCUGAUGAUGAUUAUAUGCCUUGGCCAGGUUUCCUUUUAGGCCAGACACCCGGCUCCAUCUGGUACUGGUGUGCAGAUCAGGUAAUUGUACAAAGGUUGUUGGCUGCCAAGAGUGUCUCUCACGCCAAGGGCGCCACCCUGAUGGCCGGCUUCAUCAAGAUUCUGCCUCUCUUCAUGAUGGUCAUGCCCGGAAUGAUAAGUCGUAUCCUGUUUCCAGACGAAGUAGCGUGCGUGGACAAGGAUAUCUGUUACACGGUGUGUCAGAGCUAUGCCGGCUGUACAAACAUUGCCUACCCAAGACUGGUUCUGGGUAUCAUGCCGGAAGGUUUGAGAGGUCUGAUGAUGGCGGUGAUGAUAGCAGCAUUGAUGAGUGAUCUUGACUCUAUAUUUAACAGUGCCAGCACUCUCUUCACCAUCGAUAUCUACAAAAGGAUCCGCAAAACUGCGUCCGUCAAGGAACAACUCAUUGUUGGCAGGGUGUUUAUCCUGGUGAUGAUUGGCGUCAGUAUCGCUUGGGUUCCCAUCCUUAAAGAGACCCAGGGUGGCCAGGUGUUUAUAUACAUACAGGAAAUCACUAACUAUUUGGCGCCCCCCUUCGCCGCUGUCUUCCUCCUGGCAAUAUUGGUCCCCCAGGUCAACGAGAAGGGGGCGUUCUGGUCACUGAUGAUCGCGCUGAUUGCUGGGGUUACCCGGAUGGUGUUGGUAUUUGUGUACUACGACAGUGGGGACUGUUUACGCCCUGAUCCUCGCCCUGACAUCAUCAAGAACUUCCACUAUAUGUAUUUCUCACUCUUCAUCACACUCAUGACGGCUGUCCUAGCCAUCAUUAUCAGUCUGAUCACUGGCAAACCAGAUCCUAAAUAUCUGCAUAGAACCACUUAUUGGACGCGGUUCCAAAAAUCUCUUCCCAAGGACACAGAGUCAGCAGAUAGACGGGAAGGCUACGACAACCCAGCUCUAAGUACGAACGAUAUAGCUCUCCGGGUACGCUCCGAGGGGUCAACAGGGGUCAAAGAAGAAAACGAACCAAGAAAAGUAUACCGGGACCCCGGGCUAGAUAAAGGCAAACCCCUACCAGAUCUCGAGGAGGAGACUUCAUGCAGAAACCGAAUGUUACACAUCGCUUGUGGAUUUGGCGGGAAAGGUGUUAGUGAGGAAGAGGAGCGAGCGAUGCAAAAACACCUUGAGAAAGUUUCCGAGUUAAAGCAAAACCCAACGAUCCGUAUCGUACUAAAUAUAGGUCUAGUUAUGAUAUUAUUGUGUGGGGCAGGUCUCUACAUCUUCUGGUCCUAUUGGCAGUAUCAGCCUUGACCUUUUAACUGCAGAUAUGAUAUCAUGAUGUGUAUAUAUACUGGUUUAUAAUCUCAUUAUGUGUAUAUAUACUGGUUUAUAAUAUCAUUAUGUGUAUAUAUA